AUGGAUAAACCCAAAUCUCACAUUAAGAAGGCUUGCAAUUUAUGCUUUUCUUUAAAAAAAAGAUGUGUAGUUGUCCUUUCUCAUCAAUCUUGCGAAAGGUGUGCGAGCCUUCAUAAGAAGUGCGAUUUUACAAGAAUUGAUCGCAAACGUGGACCAAAACCAAAGAGUGCUAUAACUCCACAAAUUCCUGUUGAACCAAAAAUAAUUUCAAUUACUCCUCAGCUACCAGACGAGGUUUUGAACAGUGAACAAAAAUUAUCAGGAAAAUGCACUAAUUGUCGUAAACAAAAAAAGAAAU